AUGAAGAACCCCACGGGAUCGAAGGCCGGUCUUCCAAAGAUGCUUCAGGUGUUCAACGAAUUACGUGCUUCUGAAGCGGCAGUCGUUUUACAGGAAGAGUUUCACGAUUACGAGGAAUCACCUAAUACUGCAGAUCCUUCCGAGCGCGAUGCAGGUUGGAUAGAAGGCGUUGCAAUUUUGGUCGCAGUGGUUGUGGUGGUUCUCGUUGUUGCCUUCAAUGACUGGCAGAAAGAACGACAGUUCCGCAGUUUGCAAGACAGAAUUGAAUCUAAGCAAAAAUUCACGGUGGUACGCGACGCGAAAAUCCAGGAAGUACAAAUAGCGGACAUUGUUGUUGGAGAUGUUUGCUUGAUAAAGUAUGGUAAGAAACAAGAUUACACUUUUCAUACCACAUACGCUUUAAAUUCCUUAUGCAGAAGUCACUUUAGUGCAAGCUAUUUAGAUUAA